UGAAGGCUAAUGGGGACAGGUCGGGACAGGGAACCGGGACGCGGGGAGGGGAGCGCGCGCUAAGGUGGACCGUGUCCGGGACGAUCCCAGGACACCCAGGCGCGGGGCAGUCGGACCCAGGAAUACUUCUGCCCGCGGUGCCCAGUGGUUCUGGGCCCGGCCCACCGCGCUUAGAGGCGCGCGGGGUGGAGCUCCUACGUACAGUAGCUGACCCAGGUGCGGGGGAAGGAUCGCGCGUGCAAGACACUCGGUGUGUGUUGUGUCCACGUAUGCAAGCUCGGAUAGGGCAGGGGGCGCAGAAGGCGUGACAAAGACAUAGACUUUGCGUCUGAGUGUGCCCCUCGCUUUAGUCCGGAGCGGCGAACUGCCCCACGCGGGUCUCGCGGGAGAGCCAGGACGAAGGUGACAAAGGCUAGGUGUCCGUCCCAGAGAAACGCACUAAGGUGGCCCCCGCGCGUUGCUCGUGUGCGCGCGCUGGGACUCGCGGAGACCGACAGCCCUCCGGCGAACUGUGCGGGGCCGUUCCCCAAGCCGCUUUCGGGAGCGAAAGCCUAGUCCUCCAAGGGUGUGCGCGUGACUGUGCGCGCGCCCGCGUGCGGGGGCGUGGCAGUAAACAGCAACAACCCACCGGCCAGCUGGGCCAGAAACUCUGAUCUCCCUCCGCAGCCGGAAAGGGCGUCUAGUCGGAGCUGGGAGGUGAGUCCGGGAUGGGCUGGGGGGAGGGCCGACCGGGCUUUGUUACCUUGUGAGCGGACUGCCUGCACCUGGAGCCCCGCGGGCGCCCGAUAAGCGCCUGAAUGGAGGUGAUGUCACGGCGAUGCAGGCAUCGGCCCACCCUCGCCAGGAGAGAGGAGUCGAGCGCCCGGAGAGGCCAGCGCGACAGCGAGCGCAGGAGCGCAGCCAGCGCCGGGUCCCGCUGAGAGGCAGGCCCUGCGCCCCGAUCCCCCGCCAGGGCCCCACCACCCCAGGCCAGGGUUGGGCCUGGCCCCGCGCCCUGCGCCGAGUCCCUCCCAGCCGCGCUCGCGCCCCGCCUGGAGUUGGCCCCAAACGCCGCGCCGGAGCUGGGCCGGCGGCGCGUCCCAGGGACCCAGCUGGAGCCUGGCCUGGCAUCCAGGAUGGCCAUCCACAGAGCGGUGCUGACGUGCCUGGGACUGCCUCUCUUCCUGCUUCCAGGGGCCCGGGCCCAGGAGCAGGCCCCGCCCGGCUGCAGCCCCGACCUCAACCCCCUCUAUUACAACCUGUGUGACCGCUCUGAGGCUUGGGGCAUCAUCUUGGAAGCCGUGGCGGGGGCAGGCGUCGUCACCACCUUCGUCCUCACCAUCAUCCUGGUGGCCAGCCUCCCCUUCGUGCAGGACACCAAGAAGCGGAGCCUGCUAGGGACCCAGGUGUUCUUCCUGCUGGGGACCCUGGGCCUCUUCUGCCUCGUCUUCGCCUGCGUGGUGAAGCCUGACUUCUCCACCUGUGCCUCCCGGCGCUUCCUCUUCGGGGUCCUGUUCGCCAUCUGCUUCUCCUGCCUGGUGGCCCACGUCUUGGCCCUCCACUUCCUGGUUCGGAAGAACCACGGGCCCCGGGGCUGGGUGGUCUUCCUCGUGGCCCUGCUGCUGAGCCUCGUGGAGGUGAUCAUCAACACGGAGUGGCUGAUCAUCACGCUGGUGCGGGGAGCUGGCGCCGAGGGCGACGCUCCAGGCAACGGCAGUGCGGGCUGGGUGGCCGUCUCCCCCUGCGCCAUCGCCAACGCGGACUUCGUCAUGGCGCUUAUCUACGUGAUGCUGCUGCUGCUUUGCGCCUUCACGGGGGCCUGGUCGGCCUUGUGCGGCCGCUUCAAGCGCUGGCGGAAGCACGGGGUCUUCGUGCUGCUCACCACGACCGCCUCCAUCGCCGUCUGGGUGGUGUGGACCGUCAUGUACACUUACGGCAACCGGCAGCACAACAGCCCCACGUGGGACGACCCCACGCUGGCCAUCGCCCUUGCCACCAACGCCUGGGCCUUCGUCCUCUUCUAUGUCAUCCCGGAGGUCUCCCAGGUGACCAGGUCUAGCCCGGAGCAGAGCUACCAGGGGGAUCUGUACCCCACCCGGGGCGUGGGCUACGAGACCAUUCUGAAAGAGCAAAAGGGCCAGAGCAUGUUUGUGGAAAACAAGGCGUUUUCCAUGGACGAGCCAGCCUCAGCUAAGAGACCGGUGUCACCAUACAGCGGGUACAACGGACAGCUGCUGACCAGUAUGUACCAGCCCACCGAGAUGACCCUGAUGCACAAAGCCCCGUCCGAUGGAGCUGGAGCGUACGACGUCAUCCUCCCGCGGGCCACCGCCAACAGCCAGGUGACAGGCAGUGCCAACUCCACCCUGCGGGCUGAGGACAUCUACGCGGCCCACAGCCGCCAGGAGGCCAUGCUGCCCAAGGAAGGCAAGAGCUCUCAGGCUCAGUCCCCGCAAAAUAACACGAGAUGGUAGACGCCCUCUUCCACGGACCACACGGCGUUCAGAUGUCCUCUUUCCCGUAUGUCCAGGCUGGGCAGGGCCUUUCUCAUUGGUGCUGGGAGGGCCCUGAGGUCACCCAUCUGGAGCGGUGGAGUCGGGGGCCGUGUGAAACUCUGAGGAUGUGGCCGGGGCUCAGGGCACCCCCUCCCCACCCCCGCCCCGAUUCCUGCCCAGCCCAGCCUCUCCUGGUCCCCGAGGGACUUGAGAAAGCAGGAGCGGUCUGCAGACAGCCAGCCUGCCUCUGGACACCCUCCCCCCACACAGCUCCUGCAUCCCCCUCUGCGGCUCUCCAGAUGACCAUCCUGCAGGGCCACCCUGCAGUGUCUGUCCCGCUCUGCUCCAAGGUGAAGCCAAGCUAUGGUGAAGCUGCCCAUAGUCCUCACCAGGACCUCCUGCCACCGCCUGGCCCAUGGAAGGCCACUGAGCUGGGCACAGCUCCCUCGAGGCCUGGACAGACUGUGCCUCUCUGAAUGGCCUCCGAGCCCCUCAGCAUCACCCCCCCACACCUUCAGUGAACUGGGUCCCGUCAAGACACAAGGUGGGAGUGGGGCUGCAUUCUCAGGGAUGAAUGGAGAGUCCUGGGCCUCUCCCAGGACUGAGACUUGUGGGACUCGGGACAGUCCCUUAGAUAAGUGACAUCCAUGACCGAAGAUUGUGCCACUUCCUGAUGAGCAGAUGGCGGGUGUCUACCUCACCUUGGGCACCUGGAAGGGCUGGUGGUGCCAUCCUCACCCACGACUUGCUCCAUCAGGGCCUGACAGCCACCAAGGGGAGCGGGGGCAUCCUUGGGACCUGAACGAGGCUGGCACCAACAAGGAUGUGCACACAGCUUCAGACUCGGGGGAAGGAGAUCUCUGUCGUGUCAUCUCUGUGGUUUCCUCCUGCCCUUGGGUACCACCGCUGGCUCAUCCAAGGAGCCCACGCCAGGUGUACCCGUGGAGCUCACCUCUGUGUGCGGAGAUGGAGUGAGCCCAAGGCAGGUGCUGACUCCGAGGGCAAUCCCACAGCCCCCUGGUGGCAACCUCCUAACCCUAGCGUCUCUGCUUUUGUCACUGGGGUAUUUCUAGAGGGCUAAGUUGGUUGAACAGACCCUGCAGAGAGUAGGUCUGUACCCCAAGUGUGACAACCCCCUCACCAUUCACUGAUCCUUGCACUGGGCUGCCCGGUUCCAGGAAGGGAGUAUAACUUACUCUGAUGAAAAGGAAGAGGGGAGCUCUGUGCACCUGACUCCUCGAGAUCUAGGUUAGUGGCCCCAAAACCUCGCCGUGAAUAAAGGCUCUGUCUUGC